AUGAUUGUCUCUAGACGCAUAUUCGCCCUGAUUUCCGUGGCCGCGGUCUCGGUACUUCACGAAGCCGCUCUUCGUCCCGAGACUGGCGCCACGCUGUUACCCUCGCCAGAAGGGCUAACAACAGGGCCAUCGCUUCCGCUUUCUACUCUGCUCGUCGGUAACCGGGGAAAGCUGAUCGAUGAUAGCGAAUAUAUCGUCGUGCGAGGCGCCCGCGCGGACAAUGGAGAUGAACUGGUCGAGCGAGUCCCGAUCGCAUUGCUUGAUGAAUUCAAGCAGCCUCGAGGUGUUGGAUCGGUAAUAGGCGAGUCUGGUUGCGGCCGAUUGAUUGCUACUAUUGUUGAGAGACGCAGAGAUGUCAGGUUCACCCUUCAACUAGUCGUUGUGCAGAGUUGA